AUGGAACUGGGAAACUACGAGGAAGAGUUGCGGGAAAUAUUAGUCGCCAGCGAGGACGAGGCCCGUGUAAUAUGGGAAAGGUUGGCGCGACCGUUCCGACCAUCGCCGUCGGAGACGCUCGGCCAUACAGCCGGACCGGCCAAGGGAGGGCCGCUACCGGAAUUAGGAGGGCCGCCAUCACCAAAGGCAAAAGAAACGACAGUAAUGUUGACCGAAAUCAAGAAGAUCCGACGCGAGCCGGCCGCGAACACCUGCGGCCGGAUACAGCGGUCGGACCGCCAGAUACGGCAGAAAUGGGCAGGUCUCUCCGCGCCGCCGCCACCACGACCGGGGCGCGGGCCCUUCCGCCAGCGAGGCCUUCGACCGGUCCGCCCAGCACCAGCUGCCUUAGUGCCGAAGAAGACCGAGGCGGAUAACCAGCGACCGCCGUCACCAACACCGACGAGCAGCAGCGAGACCACCGCAGGAAAGAUCGGGCCGAAAAUAAGGGAGAUCUCGACCCCGCCAGUACGAGUGGUCGUAAGACGGGAAACCGCUACGCCAGCCGAACAGCCGCUACCACCGCUACCAUUCGGGCCUGCUCCACCGCCACCGGUAGGCAUAAGGUCUCUUACAAGUCUCUCCUCUCUGGAUAAGUACAAGUCGACAUACUGCGUCUAUUUAGUCUUCGCUGAAACUCCUCCUCACUCCUUGACCCUGAACGGUUAUCUACAUAAACUAAACGGAUAA